UUCCUGCAUAGAAAGAUGGUCAUCGUGAGACUCAUGCUUACCGUUUCUGCACAGCCCAGAGAGUUCUCGGUGUGUCCGCUCACUUCGAACGAAGAGGUCAACAGCUGGCUCAAACACUUUGAGGUGAAAGCCCCACUCAUCUGCCAGUCGGUGCUUGUAUCUAAAGAUCCUGGACUUGACUUACGUGUGGAGCACACCCACUGCUUCAGUCCUCAUGGAGAAGGUGGUCACUACUACAUCGACACCACACCUGACAGCGUGGAGUACUUGGGCUACUUCGUGCCUGCGGAGUUCAUGUACCGCAUCGACAGGCCCAAAGAGACCCAUGCAGUCGGAAGAGAUUAAACAAGAAUUGCAUGGUGCACUGGUGUUAACGAUGAAAAUCAGGACCACAUAAAUUGUCUUUUUUUUUUUUUUU